AUGGCUUCGGAGGUACUUUUCCAGCAACUUGCACCGUUUCCUGCCGAUAUUCCAGUCGCGCCACUGUAUACCUUUCGCCUGGUGGAUCUGGGUUCGGGGGACCAAGCCGUUGCUAAAGAUCUAGUAGCAGCUUGCCAGGAGCUGGGCUUUUUCCAACUCGACCUUCGUGCCGACGAGAUUGGGGACGCAGCCAUAGGAGAGAUUGACCAGCUUUUUGGCGUAGGCAAGGACCUUUUGGACCUGCCUCCGGAAACAAAGGCGAAAUUCCUGCAUGAUGCUCCAAGAAGCUUUCUUGGAUUUAAACCUCGCGGCCAAGCCAAAAUUGAAACAGGCGAGCCUGAUCGAUUUGAGUGGUUCAAUGUUGGCCAAGACGGACUGAAAGGGAAUACCGCCCCCCAACCACUGCCACCACUCAUGCAUGACAAUCUUCCACUCCUGACCUCAUUUCUCGAUCAUGGCCAGAGCAUCGUGAACACAAUCAGCAGAUCUCUGGCAACGCAGCUCGGUCUGCCCGCAGAUGCGAUUUCCUCUUUACAACAGCCUGACAAGCUAUCCGGCACUGUGAUAAGGUUUAUCAAGGCGUUUGCCAGCCCGGACAAUCAGCGCACCAACAUGAUCCACCACACGGACUUUGGUACUAUCACACUACUUGCCAACCUGCUCGGCGGGCUGCAAAUCCUUGCUCCACAAGGCCAUCCUGAAGACAAAAGUGCCUGGCUUUGGGUUCGACCCCAGCCUGGCUGCCUUAUUGUGAAUCUCGGCGAUGCCAUGGUCCAGUGGACCGGCGGCCUGCUGCGAAGCAAUGUUCAUCGCAUUAGCGUCGCUCCAGGCGAGCAGCGCCUCUUUGAUCGGUACAGUUUGGCCCUCCUCGUGCGACCAGAACGAGAUGCAAGCAUGAGAAAACUCACAGGGUCGGCCAAGGAUAGCAAGGACGGAGAUGAUGACAACGGCGACCUGACCGCCUGGCAGUGGGAAGUCAAGAAAGCGAUGGCCCUGACACGUGAUGCAGCUAUGGUACAGAGCAAAGGAGGAAAUCCAACCCCGUUGAAAUCCUGA